GUGGGAGCAGCGCCAGGGGUGGGGAUGCCGAUGAGGCAGUGGACGUUAUUGAUGCGGUCCCCCUGAAUGAGCGUCCUGCUGAUUAUGAUUCUGGAGAGGAAGCCGAAUCCGGUUCUGAUAUGGAGGUGUACGAUCUGGGCAUCCCCACGGAUAUGGAGCGCCACAUCUGCCCGAUCAGGAGCGCCCUUGACCACGACCAAGUCCUCUCCCGCGUGGCCCUCAAUAAAAUCCGUACCUUCCUUCCUCCACCGUUCGUCUGGAGUGUGAGAGGCGCUGAGCAUGUGAUGAGGAGACGUCCGGGGAUGAUCAUGCUUCACCUGGAUUCCGUUGAAGCCGGGCUGCGGUUUCCACUUCAUGCGUUCUAUGUGGAGUUCUUCCACUGUUUCCAGGUGGCCCCGGCGCAAUUCAUGCCAAAUUCUUAUAGAUUCAUAUCGGCCUUCUUGGUGCGCUGCAAACUUGCGGGGGUCGAUGCCACUCUGGAGCUCUUCCACUAUUUCUACCGCGUCACUCCCCAGAAUGCCGACGGGUAUCUGAGCGUGGCCGCACGUCCUGGGAGGCGGCUGUUCAAGAGCUACCCCUCGUCCAUCCACGACUGGAAGAACCGCUUCUUCUUCCUUCGAUACGACGGGCCUCCUCUCCCUCUCCGGUGGAAUGGGUAUCCCCCAAAGAUUGAGUCACCGGAGCCGACCGACGAUCUGCUUUUGGAUGCGGAGAAGGUGUUGGAGGGUGGCGUCCGUCCCAUAGCCGGGUAUCUGACCUUCGAGGCACUCUCCGGGGCAGGCAUAGGUUCUCCGCCAGAUCGAGACCAGAUGAAUCACGCCGAGUGUUUGAAGACAAGGAAGGCCAAAGCGGCCGCUGCUAAAGCCGCACUGGCGAAAGCCAAGAAUGCCCCCGCCCCGGAGUCCAACUCCUCGGCUUCUGACGCUGCCCGGCGAACCGCCGAGGGUGAGCAGCACCUGAUUGCCACUAUGCUGGCUCAGGGUUCCGGGGCCCCUGCUCUUGAAGCUGCCCUUCCACCGCCGGCCGUCCCGUCGAAGGCGGCUCCUCAAAAGGGGACGGAGAAGGUCCCCGAAAAGAAACAAAAGAGGGGCCGCGAGGCAGUCUCCACCGGGCCCCUGCUUGAAGAUGCCGGCUCCUUGCCAUUGAGCCGCCCGGCGGAAGAGCUUUGGAGGGAGAUGGCCCUCAAGGCUGGCCUAGAGCUGCCCAGCCGUUCGUCUUCUGAGGCGACCAGCGCUGCCCUGGCAGCCGCUCUUCAGUCUGGGCUCCUUGUCCUUCAAGCUGAAGCUGCCCGGGAGGCCGAUCUCAAGGAGGCCAAGGCUAAGGCCGAUG